AUGAAUCGCCUCCUGCAGACCUCCUGUUCCCCACACCAGCCUCCUGCAGACCUCCUCUACCCCACAUCAGCCUCCUGCAGACCUCCUGUUCCCCACACCAGCCUCCUGCAGACCUCCUCUACCCCACACCAGCCUCCUGCAGACCUCCUCUACCCCACAUCAGCCUCCUGCAGACCUCCUCUACCCCACAUCAGCCUCCUCUGCAGACCUCCUCUUCCCCACAUCAGCCUCCUGCAGACCUCCUCUACCCCACAUCAGCCUCCUGCAGACCUCCUCUACCCCACACCAGCCUCCUGCAGACCUCCUGUUCCCCACACCAGCCUCCUGCAGACCUCCUCUACCCCACACCAGCCUCCUGCAGACCUCCUCUACCCCACACCAGCCUCCUGCAGACCUCCUCUACCCCACACCAGCCUCCUGCAGACCUCCUCUACCCCACACCAGCCUCCUGCAGACCUCCUCUACCCCACACCAGCCUCCUGCAGACCUCCUCUACCCCACACCAGCCUCCUGCAGACCUCCUCUACCCCACACCAGCCUCCUGCAGACCUCCUCUACCCCACACCAGCCUCCUGCAGACCUCCUCCUACCCCACACCAGCCUCCUGCAGACCUCCUCUUCCCCACACCAGCCUCCUGCAGACCUCCUGUUCCCCACACCAGCCUCCUGCAGACCUCCUGUUCCCCACACCAGCCUCCUGCAGACCUCCUCUACCCCACACCAGCCUCCUGCAUACCUCCUCUACCCCACACCAGCCUCCUGCAGACCUCCUCUACCCCACACCAGCCUCCUGCAGACCUCCUGUUCCCCACACCAGCCUCCUGCAGACCUCCUCUACCCCACACCAGCCUCCUGCAGACCUCCUGUUCCCCACACCAGCCUCCUGCAUACCUCCUCUACCCCACACCAGCCUCCUGCAGACCUCCUCUACCCCACACCAGCCUCCUGCAGACCUCCUCUUCCCCACACCAGCCUCCUGCAAACCUCCUCUACCCCACACCAGCCUCCUGCAGACCUCCUCUUCCCCACACCAGCCUCCUGCAGACCUCCUCUACCCCACACCAGCCUCCUGCAGACCUCCUCUACCCCACACCAGCCUCCUGCAGACCUCCUGUUCCCCACACCAGCCUCCUGCAGACCUCCUGUUCCCCACACCAGCCUCCUACAGACCUCCUCUACCCCACACCAGCCUCCUGCAGACCUCCUGUUCCCCACACCAGCCUCCUGCAGACCUCCUGUUCCCCACACCAGCCUCCUGCAGACCUCCUGUUCCACACACCAGCCUCCUGCAGACCUCCUGUUCCCCACACCAGCCUCCUGCAGACCUCCUGUACCCCACACCAGCCUCCUGAAGACCUCCUGUUCCACACACCAGCCUCCUGCAGACCUCCUGUUCCACACACCAGCCUCCUGCAGACCUCCUGUUCCACACACCAGCCUCCUGCAGACCUCCUCUACCCCACACCAGCCUCCUGCAGACCUCCUCUACCCCACACCAGCCUCCUGCAGACCUCCUGUUCCACACACCAGCCUCCUGCAGACCUCCUGUUCCACACACCAGCCUCCUGCAGACCUCCUCUACCCCACACCAGCCUCCUGCAGACCUCCUAUUCCACACACCAGCCUCCUGCAGACCUCCUGUUCCCCACACCAGCCUCCUGCAGACCUCCUGUUCCCCACACCAGCCUCCUGCAGACCUCCUCUUCCCCACAUCAGCCUCCUGCAGACCUCUUGUUCCCCACACCAGCCUCCUGCAGACCUACUGUUCCCCACACCAGCCUCCUGCAAACCUCCUCUACCCCACACCAGCCUCCUGCAGACCUCCUCUUCCCCACAUCAGCCUCCUGCAGACCUCCUGUUCCCCACACCAGCCUCCUGCAAACCUCCUGUUCCCCACACCAGCCUCCUGCAGACCUCCUGUUCCACACACCAGCCUCCUGCAGACCUCCUGUUCCACACACCAGCCUCCUGCAGACCUCCUCUACCCCACACCAGCCUCCUGCAGACCUUCUGUUCCACACACCAGCCUCCUGCAGACCUCCUCUACCCCACACCAGCCUCCUGCAGACCUCCUGUUCCACACACCAGCCUCCUGCAGACCUCCUGUUCCCCACACCAGCCUCCUGCAGACCUCCUGUUCCCCACACCAGCCUCCUGCAGACCUCCUGUUCCACACACCAGCCUCCUGCAGACCUCCUGUUCCCCACACCAGCCUCCUGCAGACCUCCUCUACCCCACACCAGCCUCCUGCAGACCUCCUCUACCCCACACCAGCCUCCUGCAGACCUCCUCUUCCCCACACCAGCCUCCUGCAGACCUCCUCUACCCCACACCAGCCUCCUGCAGACCUCCUCUACCCCACACCAGCCUCCUGCAGACCUCCUCUACCCCACACCAGCCUCCUGCAGACCUCCUCUACCCCACACCAGCCUCCUGCAGACCUCCUCUACCCCACACCAGCCUCCUGCAGACCUCCUCUACCCCACACCAGCCUCCUGCAGACCUCCUCUACCCCACACCAGCCUCCUGCAGACCUCCUGUUCCCCACACCAGCCUCCUGCAGACCUCCUGUUCCACACACCAGCCUCCUGCAGACCUCCUGUUCCCCACACCAGCCUCCUGCAGACCUCCUCUACCCCACACCAGCCUCCUGCAGACCUCCUCUACCCCACACCAGCCUCCUGCAGACCUCCUCUUCCCCACACCAGCCUCCUGCAGACCUCCUCUACCCCACACCAGCCUCCUGCAGACCUCCUCUACCCCACACCAGCCUCCUGCAGACCUCCUCUACCCCACACCAGCCUCCUGCAGACCUCCUCUACCCCACACCAGCCUCCUGCAGACCUCCUCUACCCCACACCAGCCUCCUGCAGACCUCCUCUACCCCACACCAGCCUCCUGCAGACCUCCUCUACCCCACACCAGCCUCCUGCAUACCUCCUCUACCCCACACCAGCCUCCUGCAUACCUCCUCUACCCCACACCAGCCUCCUGCAGACCUCCUCUACCCCACACCAGCCUCCUGCAGACCUCCUCUACCCCACACCAGCCUCCUGCAGACCUCCUCUACCCCACACCAGCCUCCUGCAGACCUCCUCUACCCCACACCAGCCUCCUGCAGACCUCCUCUACCCCACACCAGCCUCCUGCAUACCUCCUCUACCCCACACCAGCCUCCUGCAGACCUCCUCUACCCCACACCAGCCUCCUGCAUACCUCCUCUACCCCACACCAGCCUCCUGCAUACCUCCUCUACCCCACACCAGCCUCCUGCAUACCUCCUCUACCCCACACCAGCCUCCUGCAGACCUCCUCUACCCCACACCAGCCUCCUGCAGACCUCCUCUACCCCACACCAGCCUCCUGCAGACCUCCUCUACCCCACACCAGCCUCCUGCAGACCUCCUGUUCCCCACACCAGCCUCCUGCAGACCUCCUCUACCCCACACCAGCCUCCUGCAGACCUCCUGUUCCCCACACCAGCCUCCUGCAGACCUCCUGUUCCACACACCAGCCUCCUGCAGACCUCCUGUUCCCCACACCAGCCUCCUGCAGACCUCCUCUACCCCACACCAGCCUCCUGCAGACCUCCUCUUCCCCACACCAGCCUCCUGCAGACCUCCUCUACCCCACACCAGCCUCCUGCAGACCUCCUCUACCCCACACCAGCCUCCUGCAGACCUCCUCUACCCCACACCAGCCUCCUGCAUACCUCCUCUACCCCACACCAGCCUCCUGCAGACCUCCUCUACCCCACACCAGCCUCCUGCAGACCUCCUCUACCCCACACCAGCCUCCUGCAGACCUCCUCUACCCCACACCAGCCUCCUGCAGACCUCCUCUACCCCACACCAGCCUCCUGCAGACCUCCUCUACCCCACACCAGCCUCCUGCAGACCUCCUCUACCCCACACCAGCCUCCUGCAGACCUCCUCUACCCCACACCAGCCUCCUGCAGACCUCCUGUUCCCCACACCAGCCUCCUGCAGACCUCCUGUUCCACACACCAGCCUCCUGCAGACCUCCUGUUCCCCACACCAGCCUCCUGCAGACCUCCUGUUCCCCACACCAGCCUCCUGCAGACCUCCUCUUCCCCACAUCAGCCUCCUGCAGACCUCUUGUUCCCCACACCAGCCUCCUGCAGACCUACUGUUCCCCACACCAGCCUCCUGCAAACCUCCUCUACCCCACACCAGCCUCCUGCAGACCUCCUCUUCCCCACAUCAGCCUCCUGCAGACCUCCUGUUCCCCACACCAGCCUCCUGCAAACCUCCUGUUCCCCACACCAGCCUCCUGCAGACCUCCUGUUCCACACACCAGCCUCCUGCAGACCUCCUGUUCCACACACCAGCCUCCUGCAGACCUCCUCUACCCCACACCAGCCUCCUGCAGACCUUCUGUUCCACACACCAGCCUCCUGCAGACCUCCUCUACCCCACACCAGCCUCCUGCAGACCUCCUGUUCCACACACCAGCCUCCUGCAGACCUCCUGUUCCCCACACCAGCCUCCUGCAGACCUCCUGUUCCCCACACCAGCCUCCUGCAGACCUCCUGUUCCACACACCAGCCUCCUGCAGACCUCCUGUUCCCCACACCAGCCUCCUGCAGACCUCCUCUACCCCACACCAGCCUCCUGCAGACCUCCUCUACCCCACACCAGCCUCCUGCAGACCUCCUCUUCCCCACACCAGCCUCCUGCAGACCUCCUCUACCCCACACCAGCCUCCUGCAGACCUCCUCUACCCCACACCAGCCUCCUGCAGACCUCCUCUACCCCACACCAGCCUCCUGCAGACCUCCUCUACCCCACACCAGCCUCCUGCAGACCUCCUCUACCCCACACCAGCCUCCUGCAGACCUCCUCUACCCCACACCAGCCUCCUGCAGACCUCCUCUACCCCACACCAGCCUCCUGCAUACCUCCUCUACCCCACACCAGCCUCCUGCAGACCUCCUCUACCCCACACCAGCCUCCUGCAGACCUCCUCUACCCCACACCAGCCUCCUGCAGACCUCCUCUACCCCACACCAGCCUCCUGCAGACCUCCUCUACCCCACACCAGCCUCCUGCAGACCUCCUCUACCCCACACCAGCCUCCUGCAUACCUCCUCUACCCCACACCAGCCUCCUGCAGACCUCCUCUACCCCACACCAGCCUCCUGCAUACCUCCUCUACCCCACACCAGCCUCCUGCAUACCUCCUCUACCCCACACCAGCCUCCUGCAUACCUCCUCUACCCCACACCAGCCUCCUGCAGACCUCCUCUACCCCACACCAGCCUCCUGCAGACCUCCUCUACCCCACACCAGCCUCCUGCAGACCUCCUCUACCCCACACCAGCCUCCUGCAGACCUCCUGUUCCCCACACCAGCCUCCUGCAGACCUCCUCUACCCCACACCAGCCUCCUGCAGACCUCCUGUUCCCCACACCAGCCUCCUGCAGACCUCCUGUUCCACACACCAGCCUCCUGCAGACCUCCUGUUCCCCACACCAGCCUCCUGCAGACCUCCUCUACCCCACACCAGCCUCCUGCAGACCUCCUCUUCCCCACACCAGCCUCCUGCAGACCUCCUCUACCCCACACCAGCCUCCUGCAGACCUCCUCUACCCCACACCAGCCUCCUGCAGACCUCCUCUACCCCACACCAGCCUCCUGCAUACCUCCUCUACCCCACACCAGCCUCCUGCAGACCUCCUCUACCCCACACCAGCCUCCUGCAGACCUCCUCUACCCCACACCAGCCUCCUGCAGACCUCCUCUACCCCACACCAGCCUCCUGCAGACCUCCUCUACCCCACACCAGCCUCCUGCAGACCUCCUCUACCCCACACCAGCCUCCUGCAGACCUCCUCUACCCCACACCAGCCUCCUGCAGACCUCCUGUUCCCCACACCAGCCUCCUGCAGACCUCCUGUUCCCACACACCAGCCUCCUGCAGACCUCCUGUUCCCCACACCAGCCUCCUGCAGACCUCCUCUACCCCACACCAGCCUCCUGCAGACCUCCUCUACCCCACACCAGCCUCCUGCAGACCUCCUCUUCCCCACACCAGCCUCCUGCAGACCUCCUCUACCCCACACCAGCCUCCUGCAGACCUCCUCUACCCCACACCAGCCUCCUGCAGACCUCCUCUACCCCACACCAGCCUCCUGCAGACCUCCUCUACCCCACACCAGCCUCCUGCAGACCUCCUCUACCCCACACCAGCCUCCUGCAGACCUCCUCUACCCCACACCAGCCUCCUGCAGACCUCCUCUACCCCACACCAGCCUCCUGCAUACCUCCUCUACCCCACACCAGCCUCCUGCAGACCUCCUCUACCCCACACCAGCCUCCUGCAGACCUCCUCUACCCCACACCAGCCUCCUGCAUACCUCCUCUACCCCACACCAGCCUCCUGCAGACCUCCUCUACCCCACACCAGCCUCCUGCAUACCUCCUCUACCCCACACCAGCCUCCUGCAUACCUCCUCUACCCCACACCAGCCUCCUGCAUACCUCCUCUACCCCACACCAGCCUCCUGCAGACCUCCUCUACCCCACACCAGCCUCCUGCAGACCUCCUCUACCCCACACCAGCCUCCUGCAGACCUCCUCUACCCCACACCAGCCUCCUGCAGACCUCCUCUACCCCACACCAGCCUCCUGCAGACCUCCUCUACCCCACACCAGCCUCCUGCAGACCUCCUCUACCCCACACCAGCCUCCUGCAGACCUCCUCUACCCCACACCAGCCUCCUGCAGACCUCCUCUACCCCACACCAGCCUCCUGCAGACCUCCUCUACCCCACACCAGCCUCCUGCAGACCUCCUCUACCCCACACCAGCCUCCUGCAUACCUCCUCUACCCCACACCAGCCUCCUGCAGACCUCCUCUACCCCACACCAGCCUCCUGCAUACCUCCUCUACCCCACACCAGCCUCCUGCAGACCUCCUCUACCCCACACCAGCCUCCUGCAGACCUCCUCUACCCCACACCAGCCUCCUGCAGACCUCCUCUACCCCACACCAGCCUCCUGCAUACCUCCUCUACCCCACACCAGCCUCCUGCAGACCUCCUCUACCCCACACCAGCCUCCUGCAUACCUCCUCUACCCCACACCAGCCUCCUGCAUACCUCCUCUACCCCACACCAGCCUCCUGCAUACCUCCUCUACCCCACACCAGCCUCCUGCAUACCUCCUCUACCCCACACCAGCCUCCUGCAUACCUCCUCUACCCCACACCAGCCUCCUGCAGACCUCCUCUACCCCACACCAGCCUCCUGCAGACCUCCUGUUCCCCACACCAGCCUCCUGCAGACCUCCUCUACCCCACACCAGCCUCCCUGCAGACCUCCUGUUCCCCACACCAGCCUCCUGCAGACCUCCUGUUCCCCACACCAGCCUCCUGCAGACCUCCUGUUCCCCACACCAGCCUCCUGCAGACCUCCUCUACCCCACACCAGCCUCCUGCAGACCUCCUCUACCCCACACCAGCCUCCUGCAGACCUCCUGUUCCCCACACCAGCCUCCUGCAGACCUCCUCUACCCCACACCAGCCUCCUGA